AUGCGCAAUAUCAUUAGUCAAAUUACAGCACUUUGGGAUAUGUGCCGAAAAAAUUCGAAUAAUACCAAUGAACGAACAUGGCGUCCAUGGGAACAUAUAUAUGCAUUGAAUAAAAUAUCUAAACAACCAUUUAUUACUCCAUAUAAUCCUGCAGGGAAAUAUAUUGUUCGACUUUUCUUUUUGGGUACGUGGCGUAAGAUUAUUGUAGAUGAUAGUAUUCCAUUUGAUUCCAAUAAUCGAUGUCUUCUACCACAAACAUCCUUAUCUUAUGAACUCUGGCCAAUGCUUUUAACAAAAGCGUUAUUGAAAAUUAUUUCGCUUAAUUUUAAUACACCAAAUGAUUUUCCUGAAUUCAAUGAAUCGUCAAUUGUUCAUUUACUUACAGGUUGGAUACCAGAACCUAUUCCUCUCAAAUAUACUCAUAGUGAAAAAGUAUGGAAUUUUCUUCGUUAUAAUCGUUCGAAUAAUAAUCAAUCGUAUUCAACAACAUCUUUUGGUCCUAUACCAUUAUAUCAAUGGCCUGACACAAAAAUUGAUUUACCUGAAGAAACGAUAAAUUCAAUAGAUCAACAAGAUGAUAAAUCUUCAAAAAAACGACGAACACCACCGAUUUCUAUAAAAGAGAAAUCAUCGAAUAGCAAAGAUACAAAAAAAUCAACUAUAUUAAAUCGUACUAUUUCAGUAGACGAUACCGAAACUAUUACUACUGAUCAAGGUUCUUUUGAAUUACCAAAACUGAUUAUUUUCGCGACAGUACAACAUUUACAACCAACACGUAUGAGUUCGUUUAGCGAAGUAGCUAAUAGAAGUGAACGAUUAAGACAUUAUAAUUUAAAUAAUACAUUCUCAACAUCUGUAUUACUUACUUCAAUCCGAGAUAUUCCAUUAGAACCGCCGACACCACCUGAAUCUGUACCUGCUUGGAAACUUAUUCGACCAAGAAAAGCAAAAUUGUUACCUCAUGCUGAAAUUAUUCCUUCACAAGAAUCUAAACCUGAACGUUGGAUUGAAAUCACUUCACCCUAUAUCAAUUAUCCAACAGCAAGUGCAAUUAAUAUUAAACCAACAAUUCAAUUACAUCAUCCAAUUGAUAGUAAUGCUAAAUCUUCACGUGUGAAACAUAAUGAUUCGUCGAAUAUUAUUGAAAUGGAUGAAGAUGAAAAUAGUGAACAGAAAAAAGUUAAAAUAGAAACAAACAUGGUUGAUACACAAGAAAAACUUGAUGGAUCUAUACGAAGCACAAUAAACAAAUUAAAACGUGAUAUAUCAGUUGAUAAAACUAAAACUUGUCAAAAAUCUGCUGAUCAUAGUACAAAAAUAUCAUCUGAUAUUGCAUCAAUAAAAGAUAUAGGUGAUGAAAGUGAUCAGAUAGUAACACCAAUCGAUGCACAAACAAUAGGAAAUAGAAGUGAACAGAAAAAUUCAUCAAAUCCAACACCAAAAAUAUGGAUGAAUUUUGAUGAUUUUUGUGCUUGUUUUACUUCAAUUAUCGUUUAUCAUAAUCCUCAAGCUUAUCAAUAUACUUCUAAAUAUUCAGAAAUAAAAGCUGUUGCUACACCUGUACCAAAAGAGAGAAAAAAAGAAGUGGUUCAACCAAUAAUUCCACAAAUACCAAAUUUACAUAAUGAUAGAUCUAUAUUAUAUUUAUUUGUUGAUAGUACACGUGAAACAUUAAAUAAAAAUAUUGAAUUAGUUAUUAGUUUAACAUGUUUAUCUCGAUGGUAUGAUGCUUUUUCUAAUGAUACAAUUGGAUCAAAUGAAAAAUCUGUUCGUGGUGCAAGUCUAUCUAUUGAAAAGGCUGCAAUUGAGAUUAAUUUAUCAAAACCUAUAUUAUCACAAAAAGAGAUUAUGCCACAAGUAGGUUCACUUAUUGCUGAAAUAUAUUCAUGGAAAUCUCUUACUAUGGGACAACCUAUUCUUCGUCUUCAUACAACAUCAACGAAAGCUGCUCUGUUAUCAUUACCACCAGGUCGUCAUGUAUUAAAAUUAACUAAUACAUGUCCAUUUGCAUUUAAUUUACAAAUCUUAUCUGAUACACAUGAUUUUAUGCUGGGUGAUGAAGAACAAUUAUUAAAUAAAAUAGUUUCUGUACCUGAAGAUGCUGAAUGUUUAAUAGGAGCUGAAGAAUUAUUUCUUGCAUUAGAUGAUUCUAUAGAAAAUUUUCAUUUAAUUGAUCAACAAACUAAUAAAUUAUAUGAUCUUUUUCGUUUAUAUUGUGAACAAGCACCUAAAUCAAUUCAUCUUACCGUUGAAAUAUGUUUAAAUACAUUUAAACAAGCAUUAUAUUCAACAUUACGAACAAUGACUAGUUCAACAGGAACAAUAAUUAAUGCCGAUACACAAUUUGCUUGGAGAUGUUUUACAGAUGAUCGUUUAACACCAGAUAUUUUAUCUGCAUAUGAACCAAAACGAUCGACUGUUCCAAGUGCAGGUCGUCAUUCAGCACGCGUUGGUGGAAAAACGACGUUAAACACCGAAACAUCAACUACAAAUAAAAAAACUAAUUUAGGAAGAGAAAAAACUGAUGAGAAAAUGAAAUCAUCAUCCGCUCGGUCACCAUCGAUGGUAGAGACACAAGAAACAAUAUCUGAUAUAUUGACUCGUGAAUUAAGUAUAAAUGAAAUGCACUCGAUUACUAAUAUUCAAAAAUGUAUCCGAGGAUAUUUACAACGUCGUAUGAUGCAAGCGCGUACAGUUGGUACGGAGAAAAAUUUAUUUAUUCAACGUCUAUUACAAUCAACUAUGUCAAUAUUAAAACUUGAUUCAAUGAAAUCAGCUUCAAUACUUUUUAAGAGUUUUCUAUCGAUUAAACCACAAUUAACUCAAUGUUUUUCAUUUCGUAAUGAUGAUUGGAAUAUGAUAAAUUAUCGAGAUUAUAAUGGAACAUAUCAAGAACAACCGGCAAAUACUUGGUUUGUUCUCUUUCGAGAAAUAUUUCAUGCUACUACAGAAAAUACAAUUGUUGCUAAAUUUCAUUCACAUUUAUCAAAUUCUAUUUUACGUGUUAUUAAUAAUGAUACAUAUGAAGAAAUGUCACUUGUAUUCAAUCGAUUAGCACCAAGUAUAUUUACUAAAAAUCAAAAUGGUUAUACAUUCUUUGCUGAAGGAAUAUCACAAGAUCAAUCAAUAUCAAAUGGUCGUUUUCGUCUUCGUUUAAUAACAUCAUAUACACAAUUACCUGAAAUACGUAACGAUCAAUUAACAUCGAUAUUUACUACAAAGGAAAUUAUGGAUUAUUAUAUACCAAAUAGAGAACAAAUUAUAUGCAGAUAUCGUGUAAUUUUUGCUGAAGAUAUUAAUCAAACUGGUCGAAAUUUUCAUUUAGCUAGUAUUCAUUUUAAUACAUCGAAAUCUGAUGUUCUACUGCGUUUAACUGUUUUCGAUAAUGAUGAAGAAAUUGUUAGUAUUGAAGGAAAAGGUUGUCUUGUUUUACCAGCAAUAUUAUUUAUGCGUCAUGUUACGCAUAUUGUACAACAGCAACAACAACAACAACAACUACAACCACAACCACCAUCGAGACCAACAUCAAGAACAGGAGGAGGAGGAGGAAUACGGAAAAAAGAUCGAGGAAGUAUCAGUGAUUUAUCAACAGUGAAUAGUAAUACUCGAUUAGAGAAAGAAAAAUCUGUAACUUUAGAUAGAUCAGAGAGUCGAAUAGAAUUUCUACCAGGAAAUGUUGAAGAAAAAAAUCAUAAAUAUAUUAUUCAAGUAACACUUCUUCGUCAAUCAUGGCCAUUAACACCAACUCAAUGGCAAUUCGUUGAACAACUUAAAGAACAAGAAAAAAAUGAAUUAAAAGUUUUUAAUCGACCACCGUCACCAAUUAAAAUUGAGGUAGUACCAUCUAAUACGCCACCAACAACUAAAAAAACAGGACAAACAAAUCCUAGUACACCAUCAACAACUGGCAAAAAUCGAGGUAAAGAUACGCCAGCUGUUAAAACUAAUACAACAACUACAGUUCUACCAAGUACCGCAAAAAUAAAUACAGACAAAAUAAUUGAUAAAAGUAAACCUCAUUGGAUAUUACAAGUCAUAUCCGAUGGAGAUAAAUCGGAAGAAUUAACUAUUAAAAAAGAUACUGAACGAAAUGACGAGUUUAUGAAUAUAAAAAAAGCAUGGGAAACAGUACAAGUUGGACGAGCUGAAAAAGCUAUGCGUACAAGACAAAAAUUUCUUGAUUCUUUACAAGUGAAAAAUGAUGAACAACCUUUACCUAAUGUAAUUGAUGAUACAAAAAUUCUACCUGCGAUUCAUACUGAUGAAGAAACAAUUCGAACGCAUACUGCUCCAAUAAUUGAACAACAGCAAACUAUUAAACAGAUUUCACAUUCAAAGAAAAAUUCUUUAACAAUAAAAAAAGGAUCUAUUAAAGAUGAUAUACAGAAAAUAACUGAAUUAAUACCAAUAGUAUUACCAUCAAAACCACAAAUUGAUGAACCUCUUCUCAAUGAACCUCCACAAAAUAAACCUAAAAUUACUUUACCAUUAUUGGAUAUUAAACCUUUUCUGAAACAGAAAUUAUUUUCAAACGAACCAAUUAUAUCAGAUUCAUUCUUUGAACAAAAAAAUUUCGAACGUCGUCAAAAUCUUUUCAGUGAAUAUUCCAAAUCGAUAAAUGAAAUUCGUUUAAAUCGUGAAGAUGAUCAAAAUAAUCGUCACAAAGAAAAACUUCGUCAAAUAGAAGAAUAUUCUAAUUUACAAGCUAAAAUUGAUCAAACACGUCGUACUAUGAAUGAAUCACAUGAAGCAUUUCGACAACGAUUUCUUGAACUUGAACAAAAACGUAUUCAACAAAUAACUGAAAAAGAAGAAAAUUUAAUCAAACCAAAACCAGUUAUAACGACUAAGACAAAAAAAUAA